ACACCAGAUGUGCCCCUCCCUCUCUCUCUCUCUCUCUCUCUCCAGUCUCCUUAUAAAUAUACAUUUACACAGAAACAUCUCUUUGUAUGAAAAGAUACAUAAAGAACCGUAGUCCAUAUACAAGGGAGGAGGAUAAGAAAGACGAUGGGGUUACAGAACCAUCUAAACGACGUCUCAUCUGAUUCCAUCCCCUUGUUGUUGUUAGCACUCAUCGCCAAAUGCGUCGAUCAUCUUCGUUGUUUCUUUUUCAGUCUCUUUCACUCUGUCGGUUUUUCUAGAUUCAACCCUUCUCGCGCCGUCGACGAUGGCUUUUUGUCCUCAAUGGGCUCUGGUCUCGCCGGUCUCAUCCUCUUCUCCGAGCAGGUCAACCUUAAUCGCGUUUUCUCUUACAGGUACUGUUGUGGCGGUGAUGAUUUAACGAAUAAAGGAGGAUCGGUUUGUGUAGUGUGCUUGUGCACGCUAAGAGAUGGUGACCAGGUCAGAAAACUUGAUUGCUGUCACGUGUUUCACAAAGACUGCUUUGAUGGGUGGCUUGAUCAUCUUAAUUUCAACUGCCCUCUUUGCCGAUCGCCUCUUGUUUCCGAUGAGCGCGUCGAUUUCACGCGGAGGCGCGUUGGUGGCGAUGUAGUGGAUUGGUUCUCUAUGAGGUGAUGCUUUUGCCUGAUGCGGUGCUGACUGCUGAGGACGGUGGUGGUGGUGGCGGUGGCGGAGGGAUUUUUUAUUACUAUUAUUAUUUUUGAAAAUGGAUUUCUCCUCUUCAUUUUCAUUUAAAAAUUUUUGCCACUUGUUUUUUUUAAAUUUCUUUAUUUUCUCUUUUCUUUU